GUCGCGAACAAUUUCAACGCGACAGACCCAUCACGAACCGCAGCCAUCACGAAAACAGUCCCUUGCGCCGGCUAACAUCAGAAUUCCGGCCGACCUCACUUCGACACGCGCCCGCUUUACCUUCAACCUGUGUGAUACGCGCUUUUGGAAGACGGCUUUAAUCUGCCACUUAAUCUUCAAGAGGCUGAGCAAACGAGUCCUCGCAUCGACGUCGCUUGCCUCUCGACUCCAUCGCCGUUACAAUGGAGGAGAACUCGGUCAGUUACGGCACCCCGACAAACGGGGCGUCGCCGGGUGCCAACCCAAUCUUGGCGCAGCCUCCCCUCCCUGAUGCCAAUGAGCAGAGCGAAGAUGUGCAAAUGGCUGAGGGACCCGCGAUUAAGCAGGACAGCACUACUCCCGCGCCUGGGGCGACAUCAGAUAACCCGCUCGAUGCGCCCGAAGGCCCGCCGGCUGAGACCACUGCCCGCGGAGAUGAGGAGAUGGGCGACGCGCCGAAGAAUGAAUCAGCUCAAGCUGGUGGCACAGGCCAGAACGACGGCGUUAGUGAUGUGAAGACAAAAGAGUUCAUCGAAAAUGCCGCAAGGGAACAUCUGAUUUCCCAGACCCACGCUAUUGUCCUUCCCAGCUACAGCACCUGGUUCGACAUGAACACCAUCCACAACAUUGAGCGGAAAGCGCUGCCAGAGUUCUUCAACAACAGGAAUCGAAGCAAGACCCCUGCGGUAUACAAGGACUACCGCGACUUCAUGAUCAACGCCUACCGGUUGAACCCGGUAGAGUAUCUUACCGUUACUGCCUGCCGUCGCAACCUGGCUGGCGACGUUUGUGCUAUCAUGCGGGUGCAUGCUUUCCUCGAGCAGUGGGGCCUCAUCAAUUAUCAAGUCGACGCCGAUCAGCGGCCGUCCCACGUUGGGCCGCCGUUUACCGGCCACUUCAAGAUCAUCUGCGACACGCCCCGCGGUCUUCAGCCGUGGCAGCCUGCAGCAGACCCUGUCAUUACUGAGGGGAAACCAAACAGAGAUACCGAGGCCAAGGCCGCUGCCACCCCGGCAACUAAGAGCGAGCUCAACCUGGAGGUUGGCCGCAACAUUUACGAGGCUAAUGCCAAGAGCAACAAGCUCAAUAAGUCUGACAACAAGACCAACGGUGAAGCGCUGACGAUUAACGGUGUGUCCGGAACCGAUGAGCUCACCAAGGCGCCGAUCGUCAAGGUCAACUGCUUCAACUGCGGCACCGACUGCACCCGCAUCUAUUACCACAGUUCACAAUCUGACCCGAACUCCAAGGUCAAGUACGACCUAUGCCCGAGCUGCUACAUCGAAGGGCGCCUGCCUGCCAAUCAGACCAGCGCUCACUACAUGCGCAUGGAGAAUCCGACAUAUUCAUCCAUCCUCGACAGGGACGCGCCAUGGAGCGAUGCCGAGGUACUCCGCCUCCUCGAGGCACUCGAGCAGUACGAUGAAGACUGGAACCAGAUUGCGGAGCACGUCGGCACGCGGACACGCGAAGAGUGCGUCCUUCAGUUCCUGCAGCUGGACAUCGAGGACAAGUAUCUGGAGUCAGAGAGGCUGGAUGCCCCGAUUGGUCUUCAAAUGCUGGGCAGCCACGGCGGUCAGCUCCCAUUCAGCCAGACCGACAACCCGGUCAUGUCGGUUGUCGGUUUCCUUGCGAGUCUUGCGGAUCCCGCCAGCACGGCUGCUGCGGCCAACAAGUCGGCCGAGAUCCUCAAGCAGAACCUUCGAAACAAGCUCGAAGGGAAGCCGGGAGCUGAUGCUCCACAGGCGAACGGUAAGGGCAAGGAGAAGGAGAAGGAGCAGGGGGCUGGCGAUUCGAUGGACGUUGAUAUCAGGCACGAGGUCACCACGACGACCACGAUGACCACAACGACAACGACCAGCACAUCCACCCUAGCAAGCAUCCCACUAGCUGCCAUGGGGGCCAGAGCCGGCGGUUUGGCCUCACACGAGGAACGGGAGAUGACGCGCCUCGUCUCGGCGGCCGUGAACGUCACGCUGGAGAAGAUGGAGUUGAAGCUCAAGUACUUCAACGAGAUGGAAGCCAUCUUGCAGGCCGAGCGGCGUGAACUGGAGCGCGCCCGGCAGCAGCUGUUCCUGGACCGGCUCGCGUUCAAGCGAAGAGUGCGCGAGGUGCAGGAGGGGUUGAAGCAGGCCACGUCGAUCGGCGGAGACCAGGGCCUGCGAAUGGCACAGGAGCUCAUGACGGACGGUCAACGCAUGAGCUUCCAUGCGCCGCCCGCAGCCGGGGCCGUGCAACCGCUGAGUGCCGAGGGCCAGAUCAAGAGCUACGAGGCUUAGGAGGCUCCGUACCUUGACUUCCACCCUCCACACCCAGCAAAUUUUGUUGACGGCUAUUUUUGACUGCCGGCUGCGGCGGCUUGUUCGAGUUGCUUGUUUUCUUUGGGUUUAUUGGUUUCGUCCGGGCGUCAGGGGUUGGAUCAGGUGCAGUCAGCGGAUCGGUGGGUACUACUAUGGCAUGAGAGCGACCAUGCUAUAUGAAAAGGAGAUCCGUUGAUUUAGUCAGCUAUUUCUGUAUCAAUACCAGAGUGCUAAGGUGGGAACAGGAGCUGAGGGGCGGACGGAAGGGCUCAGCAUCUUCGCUUUGCAAGCGUAUCCUGCCAGACGGACUUGUACCGCAAGUAGUUCAGGGGUAUAGACGCUCGCAAGCCACUGACUGUGUGU